GCGGGAAAAUGCGCUGCCGGGGGCGGUUUCGGUUUUCGGCGCGCGCGUCCGCGGAGGCCCGGCCUGUGAGGGCUCCGGAUCCCGCUGUAAGAUGAGCCUGGGGCCAUGACAAGUGAAAUGGUGAUGAGUUACCUGAGAUGCUAAUUAAGUAACAGAGGAGAUUAGAACUCAGGUUUCCUGCCUCCCAAGAUUGUUAAAAAUGAGUCUGCGGAAGCAAACCCCUAGUGACUUCUUAAAGCAGAUCAUCGGGCGCCCAGUUGUGGUGAAAUUAAACUCUGGCGUGGAUUACCGAGGGGUCCUGGCCUGCCUGGAUGGCUACAUGAAUAUAGCAUUGGAACAGACAGAGGAGUAUGUAAACGGACAGCUGAAGAAUAAGUAUGGAGACGCAUUCAUCCGCGGAAACAAUGUGCUGUACAUAAGUACACAGAAGAGGCGGAUGUGAAGACGCCAGGAGAGAGGCACUGCUCUUCAGCGAUGGAUAUAUGAUCACUCUUAUGAUCUUGGUGGCCUGUUUUUGUGGUGGCUGGUGGGGGUUUUGUUUUCUUUUGUUUUUUUAAUUGACAUCAGAAUAAGAUAGAGGUAUUACAUUACAGAUUGAAUCUUAAGCUUUUCACAUUUGUUUCAUUGCUUAUUAUUUCUGCCUGUACAGAUGCUAAAAUUAAAACAGUUUGUUUCUCAAGGAUUGUUUUACCUCAGGUUGCAAGCAGUGUCAUUUGUUGGUUGAGUACGCAUCCAACUGACUAAGCGGUACAUUCCGUGAUCAAGCCGUCUGGAGGCUUCCCUUGUCUCUUUCCCUGCUCACUCGCCAUCCAUAACAUUUAAAGCAGGUAGAUGAAAACCUUCUAGGAAGUCGUGUGGUUUCAGCCUUGUGCUAUAGAGAGACAAGAGGUCAGAAGUUGAGCUGUUGGUUUAGUCGCUGGUGCUGGUAUCCCCACAAGGAGUGCAGCUCUGUAGACCCUGUGGGCUUGUACAGGUUGGCCACAGCAGGUGAGAAGGUUGUUUGGAAUCCUCAAGCCGUCCUGCCGAUCCUCCUGUGCAGUUCAACUCUUUAUGUUAACUUGCUCCCUGACAAGAGUGUUGGCAGCAAUGGUAGGUUACUCCAAUCGAGGGGAGCUCAGCUGUCCCUCCGUCACUCUGGCCGUGCUUGAGGUGGUAUAAGCGCAGAGUCCCCGACCUCGGUUUCCAGGUGCUGAGCUGCUUUCUGUUUUAGCAGGUGGUCCUGGAGAGUGGUAUUCCGGAACAGGGUCGCUUGGCACAGGCAGAGCCUCCAGGUCAUGUGACUCCUGCUAAGUGCGUUGUGCUGUCUGUAGAGAUUGUGUUUGGGUGCUUCAGUUGCAUGGACACUGGGGCUUUUCUUAUCCCUCCUUCAAUCUAAACAGAAUCCCUGGCUCAGGAGGUGGGACAGUUUUGGAACAAUUGCCUGGCUGAGGGAAGUAAGAGAGAUGGGAAGCUAGGGAGGGAGGGAGGGCAUACUUUCUGGAGAGGUGCAUAUAUGCCAUUUGUCUCGUUUAACUAGUAAUCAGAAACAGUUAAUAACUCAGGAAAGACAAAAAAUGUUUUGUAAGGUUUGAUGGUGUGCACACUGAAAAUAAAACACUUUAUCCUAAGCUUCAGUAAUUCAUCACUUCCUGACAGGGGCUUGAAAAGGGACCAGUGUGUAAGUACAAAUCACCAAUUUGCUCUUUUAUAAAUGGCUUCUUUAAAGGAGAAAAUGGAUGUCUCUCAGAGUGGAGCACACAUGUUCUCAUUUGUUUUUAGAGUGUGUGAGGCUGCCAGGUUACUGUGUCCCUUCAUUCACUCACUCAGCCGCCCCUGAAAGCAGUUGUAGCAUCCCCCACCAGUCUGUAGCAUCCCGUCUUCGCUCAUUUCUUCCCUGACCUCUCCUCCAGCAUGUGGGCCUUUAUUUCCCUCUUGCCAUUUCUGGCUUAAUAGCUCGACUGCAGAAUGUUGUUUUCAUCCAUAGAACCGCUUUUAAUCAAGACCGACUUUGGGAACUGCUACCGUUUUUAUGGUAAUAAAGAACCAUAUGCAUCUGGACCAGCACAUGUUGUCCCCUGUGCAUACCUUCUUGUGAUAGAAUUCUGAAACAAAUUGUAAAUGCUAAAAUUACUUUUCCUUA